AUGAUGCAUAAGAACACCAAGACUGGCCAGCGGAAGGUCUCUCCUCCCGGCCCAACUUACAUGAACGGCGACCAGAUCGCAAGCUACUUGAAAGAUCUCCGAACGAAUCGUCCAGCUCGUCCCACGGGCUCUCGUCCGUACCCAGGGAAAGCAGCAACAUUCCCGACCAAUCCCCAAGAUGACCUACCUCCAAGAGCUACUUCCGCCUUCUCAAUGAACCGUCCAGACGAAGAGCCUGUUGAAGACCCACCCCGUGCUGGCAGCGCGCUGUCGCAUCGCCGAACGCUCUCCCACGUCCCUCAGAGUGGUCCUAUCGGCCGUCCUUUGGCCCAAGAGCCACGAUCGAUGUCUGUGCGGAAAAACGUCUUCCCCUCGCAGGUGUUUUCACGCUCUGUGCCCAUCGCUGCAUCGCCGGUCCCUUCAUACCGUGAGAAUGGCCACCGGCUCCAAGAAAAGGAAGAGGCGCGUUCUCUACGCGACGCGCUGCAGGGAUUGGACGUGGAAGAUGAUGAUGUGCGUCUCCACAAAGCAGCUCAGGAUGAAGCCACGGAGCUGGUGUGGAUGCAUCAGAAUCCGGGUAUGGCCAAUAAGAACCCCUACGCACCCUAUCAGAACCCAGACUUUAGCUCGAGCAGUUCAAGUCCCGCGCGAAGAGGCUCGGAAUCAUCUUCUAAGAAACAUCGACACUCAAUUGGCUCCAGUGCCUCUUCUAGUAAUCCAUCAAGCCCGGAAAUUACCAUGGAUUCAUCUGCGAAGAGGCAGUCAUCGCGGGCGGGGAAUCUAAAGAAGAACCUCAAAGUCAAUUUCGCUCUGCCUGACGAUCCACCAGAGCCUGCUCCUAAGCCUCGAACUGUCAGUGGUGAUACCUCCAAGGGAGUAUUCAGCAAUCCCAACGACCAGAUUUAUGAAGAGCCCAACGAGCCUAGUAAAGAAGCAGCCGACACCCGACCCUUCUUCUCGAGAUCCGCAUCCUCAGCGUUACGGAAUGAACCCCGCAAUGCACCUCCUCGUAGCCCCAAGCCUCUUCCUUGGUUGCGGGAUCGAAACAGCAAUGGAUCUGUUCGCGACAAAAUUUCCAAGUUCGACAUUCAUAAGAACCCACCAACUCAAUCUCGGAACGCUGGGUAUACAAGAAACGAACCGACUCCACCACCCGCACCCUCUACCAAGGAAGAAGAGGCCCCCACAAAAGAUGGGAUCGAGAUCCGCAGUGAUGACAUCCGGGCCGCCACCAGCAAGAGACUCAAAGACCGAAGUGAGAAUCUCCCCAAGCCUUCUGCUGUUAGUGAUCGAGUGGGGCGACCGAUCGUGAGCUUUGAUCCGAAAUGGCAGGCAGAAAAUCAACCAAAGCCUAACCGCCAGUCUCCACCUCCAAUUCCUGUCAUUGAAGUGGCGCCGAGCAUUGAAAUCACACCCAGCAUUGAAGUUUCCGCACCACCUAUCCCUGUGAUCAAUAUCCCAGAUAUCAAGGAGCCAACUAUCUCGGAAUACAGCUCGCCUACCAAACAGGACAGCAGAUCCUCGAGACAAGCACCGCCAUCGACGAACCGCCAAACUCAGCCAAGACCAUUAGGAAGACAGCCUUCGGAACAACAGAGUCGUUGGACCACACCUUACAGCCGAUCUGGCGUACCAACUGCAAGCUGUGAGGCCUGCUCGCUCGGCAUUUCCGGGAAGAUAGUGACAGCUGGAGGCUGUAGGUUCCACCCAGAGUGUUUUAUCUGCUUCCAUUGCCAGACGCAUCUGGAAUGCGUUGCGUUCUACGAAGAGCCCUCUGCUAGUCGGGAGGAACGCCUGGCAAGCUCACCAGACGAAGACCGUGUGCCUCGAUUCUACUGUCACCUGGAUUUCCAUGAACUAUAUAGUCCCCGCUGCAAGAGCUGCAAGACCCCGAUUGAGGGCGAGGUGGUAGUUGCCUGUGGUGCCGAAUGGCAUGUAGGCCACUUCUUCUGUGCCGAGUGUGGAGAUCCUUUCAGCUCAACCACCCCGUUUGUCGAGAGGGAUGGGUUUGCCUGGUGUCUCAAUUGCCACUCUCGUCGUACUGCAGCCCGUUGUAUGGGCUGUAAGCAGCAUGUCCUUGACGACGUCGUUGUAAAUGCUAUUGGCGGACAAUGGCAUGAACGCUGCUUUAAUUGCCACGAAUGCGGAGACGGAUUCGGUCCUGAAGGCCGCUUCUUUGUUCGUGAAGGUGAGCCGAAGCGCACGGCCAAGGGCCGUAUCAUCGGUGGACCUGUCCAGCUGGCUGUCUGUGAGCGAUGUGAGUGCAUCCGUCUCAAGGCGCCUGGUAUGUGCUGA